AUGGCCUCAUUAGAGAAUCAUAAGCCAAAUGAUAGUCUUCAAUCUGAUGAUGAUGACGAAGAUGUAAUUCAUGUCAUAGACAUAAGUAAUGGUUCAUUUCCUGAACAAAUGCCGAAUCGCAUUGAAAGUGGUGAUACGAUUGAAUUUAAAACUAAUCAAACAGAUGAAUAUGAUAUAUUUCAAGUUUAUAAAGAUGGAGUUGAUUAUUAUAGAAUAAAUAAUGGUUUUGAAUUAUAUAAUAUAAAAAAUAGUACAACAAAAAAUAAUAGACGUAUUUUACUUUCAUUAAGUCUUCACCGAUCAAAAAUUGAACUAUAUUUUUGUAUAAUUCCAUCAUCACAAAGUGGUGUUGUUUUAAAAUUAAGGAAAUAUUCAAAUGAGAAUUGUGAAAAGAAUUGCAUUAUAGUUCAUAAGAGUGAAAUAAAAUUUUCUUUAAGUGAUAAUAAAGAAAGUCAAAAAUUAAUUUUACAUAAAGGUGAUACUAUUGAACUUGAUUGGACAUCAAAGCGUGGUAAUGGUUAUCGUAUAGAAGAAAAAAAAUAUUGUCCAAUAUCUGGUGGUCUUUAUAAAGUUGAACAAACAUCAGAAAUAACAACAAAUCGUGCCCUAUCAAAAGGAAAUUUUACCAAAAUAUUUAAUGAAUUUGGUACAUCAUUUUUAUUUCGUUUAACUGAAACAAAUCAAAUUCAUGAUAUAAUUGUAUGUAUUAUUAAAGAUAAUUAUCAUAUAAAACAUAUUGAAAUAACUGAUACAAAUAUUCAACCAAAUCUUAUUUCAAUUGAACAAAAUGAUUCAAUUAUAUUUGAAUGGAAUACAACACAAAAAGAAACUAUUGUACAAAUCGAACCUUUUAUUUUCGAUCAAAUAAAUCAACAAUCAAUCGAAUUAAAGACAGAAGGAGAACAUUUCUUUUGGCCAAAUGAACCAUCAUGCCGUGGUUAUAUGAUUCAUAAAUUUCAUGAAACAGGCAUCUUUUGUUUUAAAACAGCAAAUAAUCAAAUAGGAACAAUUAUUGUUGAACCAAAAAUUAAUAUUCAUUCGUUUCCAAUAUUUGGCGAUCAAUUAAUUUUAAAAAUGAAAACAACUGAUUUAAUUCAAUUUGAAUGGAAAAUGACUGAUUCACAAGAUGAGCCAAUAUUAAUUACUAUUGAUGCCAAUUCAUCUGUUGUACCAGAUACUGCUGGUGGUCUUACAGGAAUAUUUAAUUGUUCUAUGCAUAAAUGUGACAAAGUUGAACCAUUUUUUCGUCAUCAUUUUCAUACAUGCGAAGCAUUUAUUCUUAAUAUAUCACAACAUGGUCUUUAUAAUUUUUCUUAUUCUGAUAAUCGUGAUGAUGUUGUUUUAAGUGUUGUCGUUGAAAAUACUAUUACUAAUCAUCGUGUUACGUCUAAUGAACAAAACAUGUUUGAGCCUAAUACACUAGUUAUUAAUAGAUAUGAUCAAGUUUGGUUUAAUUCAAUAUCAACAAAAUUAACAAAUAUCUAUAGAACAGAUGAAUAUGGAAAUCAUUUAGAAGAAAACAGAUCAGUAUUUCAACCACAAUUAAAUAGUAUUAAUUAUUUCAUGCAACAAUUUCAACAAACUGGAAUCUAUUAUUUUUCAACGGAUAUUAGUUCUGAUCAUGACAACAAAUCUUGCGCAUCACCACCAUUAGCAAUUAUUGUUUUACCUGAAAUUCGUUUUCAUUAUAAAUUAAUUCGUUUAAGUGAUUUUGAUUCACAAGCAAUAAUAACAAAUAUUAAUGAUUUUAUUAUUUGGCAAUUUGAACAAAUAAUUCGUUUUAAUGUUAUACAAUUACGUUCAAAUGAAACUUUACAAGAUUUAGUGUCAUGUCAUGAUCGUGCUAUACCUGGUCGAAAUCGACAAUGUCUUGCAGUUGAAUGUAUUAUGCCUGGAACAUUUCAUUUUGCUAAUCCAGAAUUUGAACGAGUAACCGAUUCAGAUCAGGAUCGUCUUAUAUCGACAAUUAUUAUCGAUCCACCAUUUAGCCAUGCUUGUUUUCUUAUUACUGAUCAACAAUUUAUUCCCAAUGUUUUAUAUAUCGCUCAGAAUGAUACCGUCUCAUGGAUAUUAUUAAAUAAUGAUCAAUAUCAUCAAAUUUAUGUUGAAUCAGAUGAAAAUAAACGAGAAACGAAUGAAAAUAAUCUUAUUGAUCGAUCGAUUGAACAAUAUAUUAAUGAUGUACAUUAUUUAUAUACGUUUGAUCAAUGUGGACAAUUUACUAUUCGAUCGAAUCGUUUUAAUGAUACCGCAACUGUUAUUGUCUAUCCAGAUAAUAUCAUUCGAAGUGAAAGUACAAAUUUUUCUUUUUUCUUCAAUUAUGAUUUUAUUCACUUAUUAUUAUAUGUAGAAAAACGAGCACAACAACCUGAAUUAAUCGAAGAAAUUGAUAUUGUAAGUCAAUAUGGAACACAGGUACAUUUGCAAUGUCCAAAUCAAGAUGCAAUUAUAUAUUAUACUCUUGAUGGAACACUUCCAACACGACAUUAUAAAAAUGUUUAUACUUAUGAUUCAAGUAAAGGUAUAUCUUUAGUGAAAUCAGGUUUACAUGUUUUACGUGCUUAUGCAACUGAAAAUGAAAAAUUAUCAAGUACUAUUUUUACAAGCAGUCCAACAUUUGUUAUGGAAAAUGAAGAACUCGAAAUGAUAAAAGAGCUUCUAUCAAUGUGGAAUGAUACAAAAAUAACAAUUUCAGCUUCAGUACAAUAUCCAAAUAAAUUAUAUGGAAAAAUUGAAAUUGAACCAACAAAUUCAACUGAUCUCAUUGAUCAUUUUGAAUUAUACGUUGAUGAUGUACCACAACGAGUAAAUUUAUCAUCAGCUGAUGUUAAAUUUUCAGCUGAAGGUUUUGCGGGUGGUGAACAAUAUGAAAUACAUGUUGUUGCUUAUCCAAAAGAAAAUAUUGUUGAUGCUGAACCUAUUCCAUCAAAUAAACGAGUAGCAUUUGAAAUCAAACGAGAAAUUCAAGGUGGUGCACCAUUAAUAAGUUUAGCUGUAUCAAAUGAAGACAGUACAAUAUUUUUAAUGUGGGCACAUAUUGGUGAUCAUGUUAAUGAAUAUAUUGUUUAUGUUGACAAUAUUGAAACAACAACUAUUUCUGAAAAAGAUUUUAAUGAUUUUUUUGGUAUUCAAUUUCAUGGUGCUCAACAAAGAAAAAGAUAUAUUUUACAUGUUGAAGCAAAAUUAAAAAAUACUAAUGAAAUUCGAAAAUCAAAUAUAAUUACUGUUAAUCCACCAUUAGAAAUGUCUUUAAAGGAACAAUUAAUCGAUCGAUAUUUUGCAUAUAUUACAGUUAAUGCUGAAUCACCACCACCUGAUAUGCGUCUCGAAGUUAUUCAUCUUGAUCAUUUUCCAAAUCGACGUCCUGAACCAAACCGUAAAAUUGAAAGUCUUCCAAUUACGACUGGUUUACGAAAUGCUGUUCCAACCAUAUCAUAUGAACAAAAUUCAGAUGGUAUUACUUUGUCUUGGACAAAAAAGUCACCAACUAUUUCAGAUUUUGUUGAAAGUUACCGAAUUAUGAUCGAUGGAGAACAAUAUGGAGAAUUAAUUUCACCGGAAGAUGAAUCAAAAAUUCAACUGAAUCUUCCAGCAGGUGAACAUGAAUGUUAUUUACUUGUUUUACCGAAAGAUAAAGAUCAAGAAGUUUAUCAAUCGAACAUUCUUAAAUUUGAUAUACCAUCUAUUGUUGACAAUAAAUCAGAAGAAAACGAGAUGGAAGAUUCAUCGAAUGGUAUUGCUCAUAAAACUCUUGAACAAGAAGAUAUUCCUAUUCCAAAAUUAAAUAUAAAAAUAAUAAAUCAAUCAUCAAUUCAUGUCAAUUGGUCUUUAGAUCGACCGAUACCAACCGAAGCAUGUGUAACUAUGUAUGAAGUUCAUGUACGUGGUCAAAAAUUUUCCGAUAAGAUAAAAAGUGAUCAAAAUUUCCAACAGGAUGAUUACAUAGAACAUGUUUGGCAUGUAUCUAAUUCUGAAUUGGACAUAAAAGGCAUUCCUGAUCGACACGAAUACACAGUUUUUGUUCAGGCAUUAUUUUCUAUUCAAGAACUAAGUGAUACGAAAAAUUUUACAACAACGUCAAAUGAAAUAAAAAUAGAACGAGUCAUUCCAUUAAUUGAUUUAUUGCCAAAACCAGUGCUUAAAGUAACACGUAUUGGAUUGCAAAUGGCGAGUUUUUCAUGGAAACUUGAUAAUCCUGUUGAUCAAUCAUUAAUUAAAGGUUUUCGUAUUAUUUUAAAUAAAAAACCAACUGAAGUUCUUUCAUCUAAUCAAUAUGAAUGUGAAUUACGAAAUAUAAAAUCAGGUACAACAAAUGAUGUACAAAUAUCAAUUACUUGUCGUCCAGAUUUUGUUGAGGAAAAACUGUCUAAUUCAGUGCGUAUUAUAUGUCCACGACGACCACAACCACUAACAAUUCAAUCAAUUCAAACUGAAAAACCAUUUUCAAUAGGAAUCAAAUGGAAAAUUGAUAAUAAUAUUCAAGAUGAAAUAACAUCUUUUAAAAUUUUUCUCGAUGGAAAACUACACUGUGAAAUUGAUACUAAUAGACGUCAUUCAUUUAAAUAUGAAUUUGCUAAAUUACAAGCUGAUCAAACAUAUUCAAUUUAUGUUAAAUCAUGUAUUGGACAAAAGAAACUUGAUGAUUAUGUUUAUCAAUGUGAGAUUGAAUCAAAUACAUCAAAUGAAUUAUUAUUAAAAUGUUUCACACCACCAAAGGGUACACCACCACGAAUAGAACGAAUGUAUCCAAAUGGAAUUGAUAUUGUUUGGGAUGCACCUAUUGAAUUUGGAACUGUCAAAGUGACUGGAUAUCAAAUAUUAAAAAAUGGUCGAGCCAUUGGUUCAUCAAUACCAGUUGAUAAACGACGAACUUCAAUUCAUGAUCUUGAAGUUGGUAAUCGAUAUUCGUUACAAGUUGUACCAAUAACUAAUCAAUCAGGUGAUACUUUAUUUCAAGCAGGAGAAGAAUAUGAUCCUGAACGACAUAUCUAUUUUUUACCAGGUCCAAAACUUGAUGUUGAUUUUAUAGAUUUAGUACAAAGUCCAUCUAAAUUAUGGAUAGAAAAUAUUUCUGGACAUUCAGCAGUUGUUUGUUGGUCUGCAAGUGAUUCAUCAAAUGCAAAUAUACAACCAGAUAGUUAUAAAUUAUUUCUUUGGAAUAGUAAAGAACAAACGCGUGAUCAAGCUACUGUUAUUCCAAUAUCAAAAGAUAAAACCAGUCAACAAUUAAAUGAUCUUCAAUCAGCCACAACAUAUGAAAUUCAAUUAGAAAGCUAUAAAAGACGACGUCAUCAAAAAACAAAUGAUGCCUACAUUGUUUCAGCAACAUCGAAAAUUUUAAUAUUUGAAACAGGUGCACCACCUGAUGCUCCAUCAAAUUUAAACAUAAUUGCUUGUACAAAUACAGCUGUUCGUAUAGGUUUUGAUCCAUUUAUUGAACAUAGUGCUGAAAUAAUAACAUUACGUGUUCAUUGUGAAUCAAUAUCAUCAAAAAUACAUACAAAAGAAAUUAUUCUUGAUUUAACACCUGAUUCAACUGAAUUUAUUUUAUCAAAUUUAAUUGAACGUACAGAUUAUAAUUUAACUAUUUAUGCUAUAACAGAUGAAUAUUUACAUGAAAUUCAUUGUCGAGAUAUAUCACAAUUACCAAAAAAAUUAAAAUCAUCUUAUUGGUUAACAAAUAAAAGUUUACAAUUUACAACAAGUGGUUGUGAACCAGCAAGUCAAAUACAUAUAACUAGUGCAACUAUUGAAUCAAUACAACUUAAUUGGAUAUUACCAAAAGCUUAUGGUUCAACAAAAUUUCUUGGUCAAAUACUUCAUUGGAAAUUACAACGUGGUGAUAUAGAACAUAGUAUGGAAUUAAAUUGUAAUAUAACAAAUGCAAUUAUACCUGGAAUAUUACCAUUAGGUUUAUAUAAAAUAUCAAUUGUUUCAUUGUUUAGUAUGAAAUUAACUCUUGAUGAUGAAGAUGAUGAAACAAGUCGAAAAGAAAUUCGUUUAACAACAAUUGAAACAACAUCAGUACGUUUUCGAUUACCUGGUUUAUCAGAAAAACCAGAAAUUUAUUUAACUGGUUAUACAACAACAACUAUUGAUUUAACAUGGAAUAAACCAAAUAUGUUUAGUAUUAUUGAUCAUCCAGAAAGAUUAAAUCAACAAAUUAAAAUACAUCGACAAUUAAUUGGAUAUAGAGUUGAAAUUAAUGGACAAAAAUAUAAUAAUUUAGAUAAAGAUCAAUAUCAAUGUACAUUAACUGAAUGUCAACCAGGUCAAGAUUAUAAAGUACAAUUAAUUGUACAAACUAUUGUUCACAAUGAAUAUAUCGAUGAUAUAUUUUUUAAUGAUAAUGAAAAUGAUGAAGAACCAGAUGAAACACCAUCAAAAAAAUUAUAUGUUCAAAUGUUAACCAAUCAUGAUUUUCUUCAAUCAUUUCAAGCUAAUUUUGAAUUUCAUCAUAAUAUAACAAAAGAAAAUAUAAUUCAAUUAAGAAAUGAAGUUAAACCAUUAGGAAAAAUAAAUGUUCAUUGGACAGUAUCCAAUGAUAUAGAAGAUAUUUCACAUUUUAUUUUACAAUGGCAUUCAUCAAAAGAUUUACGUCUACAACAAAAAAUUCUUAACAAUAAUGAAACAACAUUUACAAUAGAUGCACGUGAUGAAAAACAUUUUUAUAUAAUUGAAAUAAUUAUUGUUACACAUGAUGGUGUAAAACAUGAACAUGAACCAUUAAAAAUGCCAAUACCAGGUGAACCAGAUGCACCAAAAUUAUGGCUUGUUAAAACAUCUGAUUCAAGUUUUGUUGUUGAAUGGUCAGAACCAAAAUCAUAUGGAAUACCUGUUAUUGGUUUUCAAUUAUAUAUCGAAGGAAAACAAGCAGGUGAUAUGAUUUCAGUUAAUUUACAUCGAGCUGAAAUUCCUUCAAAUAUUAAUCGAACAUAUCAAGUUAGUGUAUGUGCUAUUACAAAUAAUCCUCAACGUUCACGUUCAGUUAUGUCACAAACAUUAUCAGUUCUAACAACAUCAACAACAAAUCCUAUUCCAACAAUGUACUAUAAUAAUAAUAAUAAUAAUAAUGACAGUAGUCUAAGAUCAUUUGAUCGUAAUAUAGUACGUACUAUACCUAUUCAAAUUGAAUCAAUUAAUGAAGAAAAACUUCAUAUUGAUUGGACAUCAUUUUUACCUAUAACAGAAAUACGUGCUUAUUAUAUUCAUUAUAAUUGUUUGAAUAAUGGUGAUGUACAAAAUAUGCAAGUAUCAAAACGACAUCAAAAUGCAAUUUUACGCGAUUUAAGACCAGGUUUUACCUAUGAAAUAACAGUUGUGGCUGUUGAUAGAGAUGGUGAAAUAGUAUAUUCAUCAGAUAAAAAUAUUAUUCAAAUGAGUGCUCCACCUAAUGCUCCGAUUGUUGCAAUUCGUGAACGUACAAAUGAUCAUGUAACACUUGAAUGGCGUCCAGCACCAAGCUAUGGUGAACUUGCUGUCGUUGGCUAUAAAAUCUAUAUAAAUAAUCGUUUAGUAGCUAUUCUUUCACAUGAUCAAUUAACAUAUACAUUAACCAAUGGUUCAGCAUGUGAAGAAUAUAUAGUUCAUGUUCAAGCAUUAAGUAAUGAUAAAAAUAUUUCGAGUCCAAUGUCCCGUGGUGUUAAAUUUACUUGGCCUGGUAUUAAACCAGGUGUAUUUCAACGUUUAGAUGAUGGAUUAACAGGAACAGUUGUUGUUGCUUGGGAGCAUCCUCAAUUAGAAGAUGAAACAGAAAAAUUAAUCGGAUUUAAAAUUCUUUCAGAAAAUGUGACAACACAUGUUGUACGUUUACAUGGUGAAUAUAAUGCUGAUAUACAUCAAGCAACAAUUUAUGAUUUAAUUAAUGGAAAAUAUCAUCUUUGGCUUGAGAUUCAAAGUGAACAUUAUUGUGUUCGUGCUCGACCAAUUACAAUUGGAUCUGGUCGAUUUCGAAAUCGUCAAUUAUUUGAUUCAGCUAAAUGUUUUAUGAAAAAACGAAAACGGUUUCGUUCAACAGGAACUAUGACAAUGUCACCUACAUUGCGACAUAUUCAAUAUUCAUGA